UUGAAUCUUCUUCAACCAAUUAAAUUAGACUACGAGUAACUAAAUGCCAAUACACGAGAAAAGUAAGAGGAGAAUUUGUGUUCGUUAAUAUGUUAUCCAUACUCAUUAUCUUACUUUGGCGGCCCAUCUAUUCUCUUCCCUCUUUCUGAGUAGUUUAGUGAAACAGAAGCUGACAAGAAAAAAUAGAAAAUGCCAGGAAACACACAGUUAGCAGUAGGAAGACUCUUUGUUCUAGGAUGACUCUUAUAGGUCAACUCCUGUAGUGGUAGUGCCUAUAAAUAUCCUUGAGUUCUUUAUUUCUAUCACUCAUUGAGAAUCAAAAAUCAAAAUGUCUUCUCAUACUGCAACUAAGUACGAUGUUUUCCUAAGUUUCAGAGGGCAUGACACUCGCCAGAACUUCAUCAGUUUUCUCUACAAAGAACUGGUUCGAAGGAGCAUUCGAACCUUCAAAGACGACAAAGAGCUGGAGAAUGGCCAGAGGAUUUCGUCGGAGCUCAAACGCACCAUCGAGGUGUCAAGAUUCGCCGUCGUUGUUGUCUCAGAGACCUAUGCUGCGUCUUCUUGGUGUCUCGAUGAGCUCGUAACGAUCAUGGAUUUCGAAAAAAAGGGUUCCAUCACCGUGAUGCCCAUCUUCUACGGCGUGGAACCGAAUCAUGUGAGGUGGCAGACCGGAGUACUCGCUGAACAGUUUAAGAAACAUGGGAGUAGAGAAGAUCAUGAGAAAGUGCUUAAAUGGAGGCAAGCAUUGACCAAUUUUGCGCAACUCUCCGGCGAUUGUUCAGGUGAUGAUGACUCGAAGCUGGUGGACAAAAUUGCUAACGAGAUAUCAAACAAGAAGACGAUUUAUGCAACAAUAAACAAUGGGAAGAAUCUAGUUGGGAUUGAUACACACAUGAAGGAACUAAACCGAUUAAUGCAUAUGAAUUGCAACAAAGUUACUGUAAGAAUGGUUGGGAUUUGGGCAAGAGGAGGCGAUGGUAGAUCAGCUCUAGCUAAAUAUGUUUAUCAGACAUCUUGUCAACAGUUUGACAGCCAUUGUUUUCUUGGAAACGUGAAAACGAUUUCUCAGGGUCGCCACUCAGCGCAUCUACACGACGAGUUUCUGAGAAAUAUUAAAAGAGAAGACUCUAACAAACAAUGUCUUAAGAAUCAAAAGGUUCUGCUUGUGGCAGACAACGUUACUAAGGUUAAACAGUUAGAAGCUCUUGCAGGGGAUUUCAGCAGUUUUGGUCCUGGGAGUGUUGUUAUUAUCACUACAGACAACAAGGGGUUGUUGAAUUCUUAUGGUAUAACAGAUGUCUACGAAGUUGAGCAUUUGAAGUUUUGUGGAAUCUUACGAUCAUUGGGCUUUAAAAAGAGAGCUGCUGCGUUCCAGCGGGCUUUGUGUAGAGCAAAGAGUUUUGCCACGGAAUGUUUUUGUUGUCAAAGUAGUAGUAUAUCUGGUUAUGGGAAAGUGACAGAUUUAGUUUAAUUAAGUUGAAUCCCUUAUUAGUCAUAUGCAUUAAGUUAAGUAAACUUAAUAAGUUGUGUGGCUUAGAAAUAAUAUUGUUUUGUCUAUUUUUGGAGUGGGUUGCUCUUGGGGUGUAGAAAAAUGUCACUCUUCAUUGGAUUAAGUAAUAUACAUUUUUUUGUUCCUUAGUUUUUAAGACAUUUUUUUACAUCUGGAUGUGCCAGUUGUUUGUAAUAUACUGUUCUUUCCUUAUAGAAAUAAAUAUUACACAAUUUUUUAAAAAAGAUUUAUGUAUUUGGGAGGGUUUUUUGAUGUUUGGACAUGCC